AUUGCACACUUUCGGCAAGUAUUUAAUUAUUAUGAAUUAAAAGCAUAUCAAAUUGUUGGCCAACCUGUACAGUGUGACUAAAUGCAGCGCGUUAUAGCAAGAAGAGUAAGAAGGGGAGAAGCGUGGUGAGGACAUGUCCCACAAGACGAUGAGGUCCAAGCAGGAGGCCGAGGAGGAUGACGCCGACGAGGAGGCCGAGGAAACCAACGGGGAAACCGAAACGGACGUGGAUACGGAGACCAAGCCGGAAACCGAAUCCGAAGUCUGUUCCAUAUCCUCCUCCUGUUGCUCCUUUAGGGUCGAAGGCUCCUCGAGCUCCGGCUGCCAGCAGCCGUCUGCUGCUUCCACUGAUCUCAGCCUGUUGCUGCGGCUCGAACGGAUGACCCAACAGAAGAUGACCCUGGAGGAAAUAAGAGACCAAAAAAUAGAACAAGCCGAUGAUAUUGAGCAAUUCGCAGUUGGCGAAACAAAUAACUUUAAGUAUCGCUGCUACCGCAGUCGAUCGGAAAUCCCGCUGAGCUACGAGGAGCGGGAGCAGGCACUGGAACUGGAGCGCAAGCAGCUGGUCAAACUGGAGCUGGACAGGAAGCGGGAAUGGGAUAGGCUGCGGGAGAGGGAGCGAGACCAGGAGCGAAUGCGGGGACUGGUGGCGUUGCAGGAGAAGGAGGAGCUGAAACACGAUCAGCAAUGGGGGCGGGAGAAUGACCUGAAAGGGGAGAAAGAGCAAGGACAAAAGGAACAGCACCUGAUGCGCAAGCUCGCCGAGGAGCAGGAACAAUUGCUGCAGCUGGACCAGUCGGACUAUCUAUUCCUGGACCUGGAGCAGGAGUCCCAGCAGCAGCUAUUCAAACGAAAGCUAGAGCGAAAACAGGAUCAAUACGAGAGCAUGGAACUGAAGGAGCAACUCGAUUUGUGGGUAAGAGAAUCCGUUGAAGAUGUCCAAGAGGCAAAGCAACAGGCUCCACACGUUGACUCCUACCCAAGCGACGAUCAGACAGAGAGCAACAAUGCUGAAGCUCAGGAUGACGAUGGAAGUGAGAGUGACAGGGAUGAGGAUGAGGCUACUGAGAUCAGCAGAGAUGACGGGGAGACACUGCCCACCACACCAUACACCUACGUGAACGAGAGUCCAAGCGACUACCGACCGGGAGGCUACCAUCCGGUAAGUGUGGGCGACUCGUUCCAGCAGCGCUACUUCGCCAUCAGCAAGCUGGGCUGGGGCCACUACUCGACGGUGUGGCUCUGCUACGACACGGUGCGCAGCUGCUACUGCGCCAUCAAGCUGGUGAAGUCGGCGGAGCUGUACGCGGAGUCGGCGCGCCAUGAGAUUCGCCUGCUCCGGCACAUCUCGCAGCUCAGCUGGCACCCGCUGCGCGACCGCCUGGUCAACAUGACGGACAACUUCAGCACGAGCGGCGUCAAUGGGACGCACCAGUGCCUGGUCUUCGACGUGCUGGGCGACAACAUGCUGAUGCUCAUCCAGCGCAGCUGCUACCAGGGACUGCCGCUAUACAACGUCAAGCAGAUCGCCUACCAGGUGCUGCAGGGGCUGUACCUGCUGCACGACCAGGGCCAGCUCAUCCACACCGACCUCAAGCCGGAGAACGUGCUGCUCGUGGCCGACGAGCUGUCGCUGCGCAGCCAGGCCACGGCGGAGUCCAAGAAGUACCUGGACACACACCAGCGGCAGCUCAGCCUGGCCGACGCGAAGCUGAGCAAGACGGCCAAGCGCCGCCUGCGCACCAAGACCAAGCAGAGCAUCAGCUUCUUCCAGGCACAUCGCAAGUGGCUGCGCGAGCGCGGCAUUGACGACCUGCUGCUGCUGGCCAAGCACGGCCUGCUGACGACCAAGAUGGCCCUGGACGCCGUCACAAACCAGCUGCCCUACCUUGCCUACGACGGACCCGUCAUAUUCUCUGCCGCAGAAGUGCGCCAGCUGCGGCUCAGCCAGGAGCGCUCGAGCGAGGAGCAGGUGGGCGACACCCAAACGUCGAGUCGGGGCAGGAAGCGCCGCUCGAGAAUGGCCGAAUCUGAGCGCGGCCACAAUUCCGGCUCCGGCUCCGCCUCCUCCUACUCCUCUUCGAAGGCAGCCAAGAUGCUGCAGAGCAGCACCGAGAAGUUCAUGCGCUACGUCCAGAAGUGCAUUGAGAACGACGAGAAGGACGAGAAGGAGAAGAGCAACGAAUCGCACCACCUGCACAACAAGCGCAUGAAGAGCAAGAAGGGCGCCAAGAAGGCAGCGGCUCGGCGCCCAGCCGACCUGCCCGCUGCCACCUCGAGCAGCGGCAAGCUCAACAUGGCUAUGAUCGAGCGCAAGGACCCCGCCUUGGAGCCCUGCAAAGUGAGGGUGGCCAUCGCCGACGUGGGCAACGCCUGCUUCGUGGACCAGCAUGUCACCGAGGACAUACAGACGCGCGAGUACCGCGCCGUCGAGGUCAUACUGGGCGCUGGCUACGACACCUCGGCCGAUCUCUGGAGCGCCGCCUGCCUCUUCUGGGAGCUGGCCACGGGCGAGUACCUCUUCGAGCCGAACAAGUGGCGCGGCGAUGCCAGCCCGGACGAGGUGCACAUCGCUAACAUAAUUGAGACAUGCGGGCCCAUACCCAGGGAGCUGAUUGCCCGUGGCGAAUACUCGGCGGAAAUCUUCAACUCCAAGGGGGAGCUCUUGAAUAUUAAGAACUUGGAGCCGCAUCCUUUGCAUCAGGUCCUGAUGGAGCGGUACAACUGGUCGCCGCGCGAUGCUCACGAAUUUGCCGACUUUUUGAAGCCGAUGCUCUGCACAAGUCCCCAACGCCGCAUCACGGCCUUUUCGGCCAUCAAUCAUCCUUGGCUGUUGCUCAACGAGGAGGACGAGGCGGAGCAGCAGGACCCAAACGAGAGCCACGCAUAGUGCGAAGCAGGGAGGGUGGGCCAAAGGCAAACAUACGUUCGUUUCGAAAUUCAUUGAAAGCUAAAUUCAACUUUAUACAAGUAUAGGGUAUAUAAGAUGUUCAUAUCAUUUUUAUUUAUUUUUUAUACUUUACAAAUCAAUAAUGUUAAUUUGAGUCUCAAAUUUGAGUGUCCCUUAGUAAUUAGGUUAAUAUCUAAAUCAUCAGACUUAUGCACACACUCAGACCCCCAUGCGUUUCUAACUAAUUGCAUACAAAUAAGCCAACAACUUGCAAAAUACUAUAUAAUUAGAUAUGUAUUCAUUUGUUAGCUUCGAAUUUAAAUAAUAAACAAGAAAUGCGCGUCUACGAUAUGUGAAA